AUGUCAUCAGGUGAGGUCUCAAUCUCCCUCCUGUCUCCCCCCUCCUCUGUCCUCCCUGUCCCCUCCCUCCUCUGUCCUCCCUGUCCCCUCCCUCCUCUGUCCUCCCUGUCCCCUCCCUCUUGUGUCCUCCUGUCUCCUUCCUGUCUCCUCCCUGUCCCCUCCCUCCUCUGUCCUCCCUGUCCCCUCCCUCCUGUAUCCUCCCUGUCCCCUCCCUCCUGUCUCCUCCCUCCUCUGUCCUCCCUGUCCCCUCCCUCCUGUCUCCUCCCUCCUCUGUCCUCCCUGUCCCCUCCCUCCUGUCUCCUCCCUCCUCUGUCCUCCCUGUCCCCUCCCUCCUGUCUCCUCCCUCCUCUGUCCUCCCUGUCCCCUCCCUCCUCUGUCCUCCCUCCCUCCUGUCUCCUCCCUGUCCCCUCCCUCCUAUCUCCUCCCUCCUUCCUGUCUCCUCCCUGUCCCCUCCCUCCUGUCUCCUCCAUGUCCCCUUGA